AUGCCAACAGGCGAUCAGGAUUUCGAAGAUGAGGUUGAGAGAGAUCGUGAGCACUUCAUCAGGACGCUUGCGUCCUUUCGCUUUUUCGGGGUCCAUAUGCUGAAAAAACUGGAAAGGACGAAGUCCUACUAUGAAUCGAUACCGGAUCGCCAGAAAGCACUUGCAUCAGAGUUUUGUUCAUAUAUGGAAAAGGUUAAAGCAAGUGUCCUACACAACAACGAACUUCUCAAUCGAAUUAUAAAGCACUCCGCCCCGGAUAUUUUCAACGGGGAGCAUAGUGCAGAUGUUCUAGAUACUUUUGACAAGUCAAGUCUUCAGCUGUCGAAUGCUAAAAGAAAAUCAGCGAAUACGAAUGCAGUCACACCCAUCGGUCCUUUCGCAUUUACUACUUCCGAUAUGGACAAAGUUCGAUCAACACUGAAGCAGUUUGCUAGGGACUGGUCAAAUGUGGGAAAAGCCGAGCGAGAUAUUUGCUACGAGCCUAUCAUUCACGACAUAUGUGAGCUUUAUGAUACUUCUAAAAUCGAUCCCGUAACCGUCCGGAUUCUCGUUCCUGGAGCUGGACUCGGACGACUGGCAUGGGAGAUCGCACACAGAGGUUAUACCUGCCAGGGCAACGAAUGGAGCUUGCACAUGCUUAUUCCUGCGUAUUUCAUCCUCAACAAUUGUAAAACCGUCAACGAACAUACCAUCUACCCGUGGGUCACACAGUUUUGCAAUAACAUGUCUCGAGACGACCAAAUCGCCCCUGUGCACUUCCCGGAUGUAUCCCCUGCCGAUAUCCCUCCAAAUGUUCCGUUCUCCAUGGCCGCCGAUUCCUGGGACUGUGUGGCAACUGUGUUCUUCAUCGACACCGCCCAUAAUGUGUUGACCUACCUGGAAACCAUCUGGCGAAUACUGAAGCCCGGUGGAUACUGGAUUAACUUUGGUCCACUCCUCUAUCACUUCUCGGACAUUCCUGGAGAAGAUUCGUUGGAAUUAAGUUACGAGGAAUUGCGCUUGGCAAUCCAGCGAAUCGGCUUCACAACCGUAAAAGAAAAGACUGGAAUACGUUGUGGCUACACUCAGAAUCCCGCAUCUAUGCUAUCGUAUGAAUACAACUGCGUGUAUGGACUUUUCCAAAAGCCAUUGUCGGCUUCCACCUGUAGCAACGACGAAACGGCAUAGCAAUUCGGCGAACGGAGUGACAGAUCCAUCGAUGUUUGCCCUUUACACGAACUAGACGUGUUUCUAUGUGAAUAUUGGCUUCUCGUCUAGGCUCCCCACCCACCGGUGCUCGUACUUAUUGGUUCCGUGACAUUUCUGUUUUUCUGCCCACUGGGCGAAUUUGGGCAAAAGUACACGCCUCAUCUGACA